CUUUAUCAUUACCUCUCAUUCCUUUGCCAUGCAAGCCCCUUCUCUCUCUCUCUGUAACCUUCUUGUUUACUCAACUGAUUAUUGAUUAAUUAAUUUUAAGAUUGAUUGAAUUAAUUAAUUAAUUAAUUAAUAAUACGAGAUUGUUAUUCGACUUGGGGUGGGUGACUCAGUGCAUGAGCUGAAGAUGACGCGGCGAUGCUCGCAUUGCAGCAACAACGGACACAACUCACGGACGUGUCCCGCGCGCGGCGGGGGAGGAGGAGGCGGCGGCGGCGCGUCGAUGAGCUGCGGUGGUGUGAAGCUGUUCGGAGUGAGGUUGACGGAUGGGUCGAUCAUAAAGAAGAGCGCGAGUAUGGGGAACUUAUCGGCCUUGCAUUACCAUAGCUCGUCUUCCGCUGCCGCUUCACCGAAUCCGGGCUCGCCGUUAUCGGAUCACGUGCGUGACCCGACGCAUGUCGCCAGCGGUUACUUGUCCGAUGACCCGACCCAUGCGGCUUCUUCCAAUCGACGUGGAGAGAGAAAGAAAGGUACUCCAUGGACUGAAGAGGAGCAUCGGAUGUUUUUAAUUGGCCUUCAGAAAUUAGGGAAGGGAGACUGGCGUGGUAUAUCACGAAAUUUUGUUGUGUCAAGGACUCCAACUCAGGUAGCAAGUCAUGCACAGAAGUAUUUCAUCCGGCAGACUACUGCUACCCGAAGAAAGAGGCGCAUAAGCCUUUUUGACAUGGGUGUCGAUGAUAUGGCCACUGAUACCCCACCAGUGCCAGAAGAACAAGUGUUACUUCCUUCACCUCUGGCCAGAGAAACCGAUAAUAGCAGUUCACUACCCUCUCUAAAUCUUUCCCUGAACACAGAAUUUGAACCCAUGGAAUCUAAAGAGUCAGUAAAAGAACCUGAAGAAACUGUGAUUGGAUCAAAUGGGUUUAGUCCAAUGGUUCCUGGUUUCUUACCUGUGUAUAUACCAGUCCCUUACCUGUUCUACCCGCCAAACACAGCUUCCCUGGAAGAAGAUAAGGAAGCAGGGGCAUCUCAUCCUCACCAGAUUCUGAAGCCUACUCCAAUGCUUCCUAAAGAACCUGUCAAUGUUGAUGAACUCGUUGGCAUGUCUCAGCUCAGUAUAGAAGAGGUGGGGGGAGGCUUGAGAGACCCUUCGCCACUGUCCUUAAACCUGCUGGGAGGGCCAGCUAGGCAGUCAGCGUUUCAUGCAAACGCUCCUGAGAGCAGUUCAAAUUUAAGCAAGGGAAAGACUACCCCCAUACAAGCAGUUUGAAUUGGUGGGGAAUGAUGAUAUUUUGUUCCCCUUUUAGGUAAUCCUCUCUUUUUUGUACAAUUAUAUGUUCUCCAAGACACAUCUUGUCUUUUUUUUUUCUUUGGUAGUAUGAAGUUUUGCUGCUCAAUUUAUAGGUACAUUAAUUGGGUUGGAUAUUAUUUCAAUUCUUUCAGAUUGUAGAAAUAGCUAUUAGUUGGAAUAAUUCAAUUGGUUUUGGCCACAAA